GAAAAAUAUUCCGCAAUGGAAAAGAGGCCUCAACUCCUCGUUCUGAACUUUUUCUUCAUCUCGUCCUCCUCCGGCCUUCUCACCCUGAAUUCACUUGCCGGGCGCCAGGCUCCAGCACCUCGCCAGCAGCCUGGUCGCCACAUCCACCUCCUCCUGGCUCCCGCAAGCACCAAACGAACCCCCAUUCCCCUGACCACGCCGCCGAGCACAACCCCAAGCCCCCUUCUGCCACCUCGAAUUCUUCUUUCGCGCUAAGUCGCUGCCAUUCUCCGCCCCCCCUCCCCACUAGGGGUGCUGGAAGUGCAGAUCCAUCCGGACUUGAUUCUUUUCUUUUGUUGGUGCAUGUUUCAUCGCAAGGAAUGAACGGGAGUCGACAAAUGGAACUCCACUACAUAAACACCGGAUUUCCAUACACCGUCACUGAGAGCUUCAUGGAUUUUUUUGAAGGUCUCACCUAUGCUCAUGCUGACUUUGCUCUCACAGAUGCCUUUCAGGACCAGGCUAAUCCAUACUGGGCAAUGAUGCCUACAAACUCGUAUAAGUAUGGAUACUCUGGUUCAGGGAAUUAUUACAGUUAUGGACAUGUUUAUGAUGUGGAUGAUUAUAUGCACAGAGCAGAUGGUGGACGCAGAACUUGGGAUAAUACUACACCUGUGAACAAUACGGACUCUGCCAAUGUUGUCAUGCAGGGUGGUGAAGCUCCUCGUACGACUGCAAAUUCCACUACUGAGGAAUGUAUGCAACAAGUACACCAAAAUCCUGGCAGUCCUCAGGUUGUUUGGCAAGACAAUAUCGACCCUGACAAUAUGACUUAUGAGGAACUGUUGGAUUUGGGUGAGGCAGUUGGAACCCAGAGCCGUGGUCUCUCCCAAGAAUGCAUUUCAUUACUUCCUGUCACAAAGUACAAGUGCGGUUUCUUUUCAAGGAAGAAAACACGCCGUGAAAGGUGUGUGAUUUGCCAAAUGGAAUACAGGAGAGGAAACUUGCAGAUGACACUUCCCUGCAAGCAUGUAUACCAUGCCAGCUGCGUGACAAGAUGGCUGAGCAUAAACAAGGUAUGCCCUGUUUGCUUUGCUGAAGUUCCUGGCGAGGAGCCCAAGAGGUAAUGAGUUAUGUGGCAGCCACGAAGUCCUUGCGCUCAGAAGCUGAGCUCACCGUGCCCCAAUCGACUCAUGAUUUCUGCUUGAAGGCAGCUUGUUCUCCCCACUUUAGAUUUGUGUAUUAGCAUCAUAUUACCAAAUAUAGGUUAUAAUCGGAUGUAGUUGGAAGUCGGAACCGCCACCGAGAGGUUUGCUGUAGGCUGUAGAGCUCGAACUAUGACCACCUGCUAGACGAAAACAUGCUCGAUCACUCACGCUGGUGACAUGUUUUAGCAUGUUCUAGUUUGUGUUUCUUGAAUAUGAUUAAGAUUUUGCGGACAAAGAAAAAGAUUGAUUUAUUACACGGUGAUUUUGCCUGUUGGCCUGCCUUUUUUUUUUUUUGCCAUGGUAUCUGACUAUCUAUGAGGUUGCUACUGUAACUUAUACAAGGUGGUCUAUUUGUCCAUUGGACGCUGCAUACGCGAAAAAUUCUCUUCGCAUACAUUUGAGGUCUUUAAAUGCUUA